UUUAAUAUAAUAAGUAAAGAAUGAAAUAGCCUCGGGUAUUAUUAAUGGUAAAGUGUGAUUAAGCAUAUCCAAACAUGUCUUUCAAAGUGGCCAGGUGAAAACGAGGCUUUGACCCCAAUGACACUAUUGAUUCAAGAUACGAGUUGACGCUACUCAGCUAUGAGUAAGAAUAUCUCUUUCACGCUUAGGUUCUUCUUCAAUGGUGGCAAAAGGUAAACAUUCAUUUUACACCGAUUACGAUAACAGUUUUGCUUCUUUCUCCGUAUUCUUUCAAAUAUUGUUGGGGGGGAAAAACAUUCGUUGCAGUCCGAUUAGCCGACAGAGCAAUUUCUGAGGUUAAUGUUCUUGACGAAGAUGACGGAAUGUCUGUUGAUAAUAAAGUGAAAUGUUCACUUCAAAAAGUCAGCCAAAGUUUGCUACUUUAUGUGAGAAUAACCACAAUAUUUGUAUGGAUGAAGACAAACAGAAAACUCCAGAAUACAAUAUUGAUUCCACACACUCUCUGGAUACAAUCAACAAAUCUAAUAGAAAGGCAGUUUCAAACAGUAAAAAACCACACCGGAAAGCAUCUUUUAAAAAUGUAAAAGACUUCAUGAGCCGAAUUGUGAUGCGACAACUUCAGCUACAACCUUAUGAUAGUGAACAGUUUGAUUAUAGUUGUAACACAAGUCACGAUGAGGAUGACAAAAGAUACUUUACUAACUUGAAUAGUUGCGGGGAUAGUGCGAUUGUUUCUGUUGCUACAGUGACACCCAUCGGUGAUACCCUGCUAAAUGUUAAGUAUAAAGGCGACCAAAAUAUUUCAGUGAUGUCAGCUCCUAAGUCUAACCAUAGCAAUUCCACUAUGGCCAGCAAUGUAUCAUGUAAUCCUUCCGCGGUUACACCUCUGUCAGAGACUAGCGAUGGCACUAAAUAUAAACAUUAUAACAGUUGCUGUGAAUCAACAAUCCGCCCACUGCUUACUCACAAUAAUAAUAAUAAUGGUAUAAAUAGUGAUCAAAAUAUCCGCCAUGGAAGACAGAACAAAUUUAAGACACCUGUUUGGAAUGAUACCACUCCUGGAACAGUGGGACUUUAUAACCACGGCAACACUUGUUUUAUGAAUGCUGUACUACAAUGCAUUAGCAACGCAAGUUUUCUUUCUGGAUAUUUUGUUAUGGGACAUUACAAAGAAGAACUAAAAAACAACAAAAAUGUUUGUAAAAAGUUCGGAUCCAGUGGUGAGGUGACCGAACAAUUAGGUAUUCUGUUACGAAGCAUUUGGUCAGGAAAAUACAACCCCGAUAUUUCUAGUGAUUUCAAAACUGUUAUAGGUAAAUAUAAUUCCCAAUUUAAAGGAUUUAAUCAACACGACGCGCAGGAGUUCCUUCUCUGGUUAUUGGACCAAGUACACGAGGAUCUAAAUUUACCUAUUAAAAAGAGUAAGAAUAAUCAACAGGGCAAAUUUUCAUCUGAAAAAAGAUCAAUGGUCUCAGAAUUAUCACUGAGUAAGCAGACUAUAAUCUAUCAAAUGUUCCGGGGUUUGUACCAGUCGUCUUUAACGUGCUUAAAAUGUAGAAGACAAAGCAAUACCUAUGAUCCUUAUUUGUGUCUAUCUCUUCCUUUACCUCAGAUCUGUAACAGGGCAAUUUAUAUUAUCAUUGUGUAUCUAGAUCCAAAUGUAACUUUAAAAAGAAUUGGAAUUCUAAUGAAAAAUACUGAAACUUUUGGAGAUUUACGGAAAUGCUUGUCACAGUUACCAUCACACUAUCCAGCCAUUCCCAAAUUGAAAUAUCUCCUAUGCCAAAUUGAUGAUAAUGGAUAUUGCAAUUCAUACAGCGAUUCCAAAUUAUUAUCUGAUGUGGCUGAAUCUGAAGAUAUUUACUUGUUUGAGCUACCAACUCCUGUAUUUCAACCAGAAAUAUCUCUUACUUCAAAUUUUCAUGACCAACAAGACAGAAGGCACUCCUAUGAAAUGUCUUCAAUAAAUAUUUUACUUGUUCAUGCUGAACAAAUAAACAGUACAGCAGUUAGUGGAAAAUGCAUCAGAUUCUGUUGCCCUCACAUCAUCUCUGUUCUUCGAGACAUAAGCUAUCCAGAUUUACAAAACAGGAUAUUGCAAAGCUUGGGACCAGCCUUGAAAGAAAAUUUAUCAAAUUAUAGUAUGUCUAAGCAAAAACUACUCAUGAGAUUGCAUGUCAUGGACAGAAAUUUCCAACACAAUUAUCUUCCAAAUGAUGUUGAAAUGCCUCUUUAUAUGCCAGUCAUAGAUAAAGUUCUAGGUGUUCAUGAUGGAAAUUUGGAAGAACUACCUCUAAGAAUCAUUGUUGAAUGGGAUUCUCAUUUAUGGGAAAUGAUUGUUAAUCAUACAGCUCAACUUCUGGAAGAACAUAGCAGUGUUAUAAAUGUGCAAACUAUGCAACAGAAAAUGGGUCAUACCACUUUGAAAGAUUGUUUUUAUUUAUAUACACAAGAAGAAAAGCUGAGUGGAGAUGCCUGGAGAUGUCCACAUUGCCGUCAUCAACAAACAGGAGCAAUAAAGAAGUUACGACUAUGUUCCUUGCCUGAAAUUUUGGUUGUUCAUUUGAAACGUUUUAAACAGGUGAAAAUGCAACGCAAUAAAGUUGAUAUUCUGGUUGAUUUUCCAAUGUGGAGUUUAGAUCUCAGUCAGUAUUUGGUAAAUUUUAGUAAAUGGAAUCAGCAUAUGCAUGAUGGCUAUUCUUCAACUUAUGAUGAAAGCCUUAGGGAUGCUUAUGAUUUGUUUGCUGUAUGCAACCACUAUGGAAAUUUGAUUGGAGGUCAUUACACAGCAUUCUGCAAAAAUCCUGUGGAUGGUUCUUGGUAUCAAUUUGAUGACACUCAAGUAAAACCAAUUUCAAAAAAAGAGGUUGUAACAAAAGCAGCUUAUUUAUUGUUUUAUCAGCAUCGCGAGUUAUUUAAGCAUCAGAAGGAUGAGUUGCUAACUGGAACACAUUGGAUAUGUACUUUACAUGGCACAUCUUCAAGCUUAGAUUGUGCAUCAGAUCCUCCUCCAAGACCAACUAGUUACUCAAUAGACCAAAGUCCAGCACUGUCGUCUGAUCAAACAUCAUCCUGUCAGCCAGAUUCUGCAGUAAGAAUGAACCCUUAUGAUCAUCCAUGUUCAUCUCCUCCUGUACAUUUUGUUAACAGUACAACAUUUCAGAGUACUCGUGGGAUCCCAAAGACUCAUACGAACAGCAGUGAUUGUAACUACCAGUCACUUAAGACAUCUGAGGAAGAACACAGUUUUAAAAUAUCUGCAGAAAGACAACAGAAUCAGAAAACCAGUGGACAGAUAACAAAUCCUGGAACCAGAACUGAAUUGAAGAAAUUUGCUACUAUCGCUCGAACUGAAAAUCGAUUUGAUAAUAAUAGUUCAGUAGUUUUUUCAAGAUCCAAAACCUAUGAUGAUAUUAAAUCUUGCUCUCAACUUUCUUCUAAAAAGUCAAACAUUUCUCAGGGAUCAGAAACUCAGUCCAUAACUGAACCUAUACGGUACCAACCACAGCUACACUUACACAAGUAUAAAGAACAGACAUCAGCUUUCCACAAGAAGAAAUUACUUGGUCCUUGUUUAAAAGAAUCUUCAGUAUGAUUUUCAGUAUUCCAAAACAAAUAACUAAAUGAUGAAAUGAAUAGAUUCAUUUAUGUGUCAAAAUAUCAGAUAUUUUACAAUAAAUAUUACACAAGACACUUCUA